AUGUCGCAGUCUCCUUUUAAAAAGCCUGAUGAAAAUCAGCCAUUAAAUCCUGAAGAUGAAAAAAAUGAACAAAAAGGAUUAGAAAAAUCUUUGACAUUAUUUAAUGGUGUUUCAAUGAUUGUUGGAUGUAUCAUUGGAUCUGGUAUUUUUGUUUCACCAACUGGUGUUCAAGAAAAAGCUGGAAGUGUAGGUGUUAGUUUAUUGAUAUGGUUAAUAUGUGGUAUAUUUGCUGGAAUUGGUUCAUAUUGUUAUGCUGAAUUGGGAACAUUAAUAAGAAAAUCUGGUGGUGAUUAUGCAUAUAUAAUGGAAGCAUUUGGACCAUUUUUAGGAUUUGUACGUUUAUGGAUUGAAGCUGUUGUUGUAAGACCAUGUACAUGUACCAUUGUAGCAUUAACAUUUUCUAUAUAUAUGUUACAACCUUUUUUUAAUGAUUGCCCACCUCCAGAUGGUUUGGCACAAUUAAUAGCAGCAGCUUUGAUUAUUAUUUUAACUGCUAUUAAUUGUAUUUCUGUAAAAUUAGCUACUGCAGUUCAAGAUAUUUUUACAGUUGCUAAAGUUUUUGCAUUAAUUGCAAUUAUAUGUUCAGGUAUUUAUCUUAUUAUUUUUGGUGAUUAUAAAUAUCGUGAAUCAUUUGAAAAUAUUUGGGAAGGUACAACAAAAGAUUUUGCCAGUGCAUCAUUAGCAUUUUAUUCUGGUUUAUUUGCUUAUCAAGGAUGGAAUUAUUUAAAUUUUAUUGUUGAAGAAUUACAAAAUCCAAAAAAAAAUCUUCCAUUAGCUAUAUUAAUAUCAUGUGUAACUGUUACACUUAUUUAUGUUCUUACAAAUGUUGCUUUGUAUGCUGUUAUAUCACCUGAUGAAAUGCUCCUAUCACCUGCUGUUGCAAUUGAAUAUGCAAAUAAAGUUUUUGGACCUUUUGCUUUUACAAUGCCAUUAUUUGUAGCAUGUUCAACAUUAGGUUCAGCUAAUGGUGUUAUUUUUACAUCAUCACGUCUUUUUUAUGUUGGUGCAAGAGAAGGACAAAUGCCAAUUGUAUUAACAAUGAUUAAUAAAUCAACUAAAACUCCAAUACCAGCUGUUAUAUUUACUGGAUUUUUAUCUUUAGCAUAUCUUCUUUUAUCUAAAGAUGUAUUUGCACUUAUAAAUUAUAUUGCUAUAAGUUAUUGGUUGGCUAUUGCUGGGGCAAUCGCUGCAUUGUUUGUUUUUAGAAAAACAAUGCCUGAUGCACCAAGACCAAUUAAGGUAAAUCUUAUCUGGCCGAUAAUCUUCUUCAUAGGGUGUAUGUCAUUAGUUAUAGUUCCAAUAAUCGGAGCUCCUAAAGAUACAGCAAUUGGUAUAACUAUAAUGUUGACAGCUGUUCCAAUAUACUUUAUUUUUAUUGCAUGGAAAAAUAAACCAAAAUUUAUUAUGAACCUUUCAAAUGGUUUUACAAAAUUCUGUCAAAAACUGUUUAUGGUUGUUGAUGAUAACAAAGAAGAAUAA